CCCCCCACUCUCAUCUCUCCCUCCUCGCUCCUCUCCUCCACACUCUCAAAACGCUCUGUCAUGGCGUCUUCCAACCAUGUUACCCCCACUAACUGCGGUUGGUGGCCAAUCUCCGCGAUGGAGGAAGACGGCAAAACGACAGACGGCGAGGAGUGUGAGGAGCCAACGGCGGAGCCCAACGCUGUCAACAAAGAGCGGCUGGUUUUGUAUCACUGGACGCAGUCUUUCGCCUCCCAGAAGGUGCGUCUAGUCAUCAACGAGAAGGGUCUGGUGUGUGAGGAGAGAGACGUGAGUCUGCCACUGCAGGAGCACAAAGAGCCGUGGUUCAUGCGGCUCAACCUGGGGGAAGAGGUGCCGGUCUUCCUCCAUGGCGACAUCAUCAUCAGUGACUAUAACCACAUCAUAGACUACUUGGAAACCAACUUUGUGGGAGGUAGUCCAAAUGGCUGCAUCGCUAAUCAUGUUUCCCCAUCCGCAGACACGGUGGUUCAGUUGAUUCCUGCGGCCGAUUCGCCCAUUCACGAACGAGUGCAGCAGUAUCGCCGGCUUCUGGACGAUCUUCCCAUGGACGCAUACACACACGGCUGCAUCCUUCAUCCGGAGCUUACCACCGACUCUAUGAUCCCAAAGUACGCCACUGCUGAAAUACGUCGACAUUUGGUCAAUGCAGCAACAGAGUUGAUGAAGUUAGACCACGAGGAACCUCAACUGACAGAGCCGUACCUGUCCAAGCAGAAGAAACUCAUGGCAAAAAUAUUGGACCACGACAAUGUCAACUACCUGAAGAAAAUCCUGGGUGAGCUCGUGAUGGUUUUAGAUCAAGUAGAGACUGAGCUGGAGAAAAGAAAGUUGGAGCACCAAGGUCAAAAAUGUGAUCUGUGGCUAUGCGGAGAUGACUUUACGCUAGCUGAUAUCUGUCUGGGAGCCUUGCUGCACAGGCUGAAGUUCUUGGGACUUUCUAAGAAAUACUGGGAGGACGGCAGUCGGCCCAACUUGCAAUCCUUUUUUCUGCGCGUGCAAAAACGCUACGCUUUCCGCAAGGUCCUGGGCGACAUCCACACGACGCUCUUGUCGGCGGUCCUGCCCAACGCCUUUCGGAUGGUAAAAAAGAAGCCGCCGUCCUUCUUCGGAGCCUCCUUUCUCAUGGGGUCCCUCGGGGGCAUGGGCUACUUUGCCUAUUGGUUUUUAAAAAAGAAAUACAUGUAGUGAACGUUCUCUGUGUGUUCAAUGUCUGUGCAUACGUGCGUGCGAUUUUUCUGUAACAUUUAACGACUGCAGGAAAAUCAUACCCAACACAAUAUAGGAAACACAACUACUUACCCCGGGCGAGUAAAGAUAUAAAAACAUUCCAUUAGAAGACUCUCUUGACUGCACCUUUUCUGGUGGUCGCAGCCUUCAUCGAGCUCAUUUGCUCUUGAGUUUAUUGGAGGCGUGCAACCGGUUCACUGAUACACCAGACUGCACUUCAAUCAAAUCAGUACAGUAACACACACAAACACGCACAUAAAGUGACCUUGGCAUGUCACGACUCAUACUCAUUGCUGCUCAUAGCUUUUAACGACAGGAAACUGUGUCACUUCUGAUACAGCGUGGCUUUCAGUAGAAGAACCAAGGCCUGUGUCCAAAAUAAAAAGCAUUUAAAGGGACCCUCCAGCUAAAAAAGGAAACCAAACAAACCAACCCCCUUUUUUUUGCUGAAAUGCUGAUAUUGGUAUCAAUAAUCAGUAUCAAUAAUCCGUUUUUGGAGCAAUCUGUAAACAAUGACUCAUUCCUGAAACGCAUACGUUUGACCAGCAAAAUUGCCACACCUCGAUUGUCUUGUGGUCGAGUGGUGUGAAUUCAGCAAAGUCUUUGCAGUCCAUUUUUUACAUUGGAAAAGUAAGAACUUACAUCGCUUAUCUCCACUGACCGUGAUAUUUCGUCACCAAAAUAUAUUUGUAACAUUUCUAUUUAUACCCACUUCAACCGCUGAAAAUAUUUCAAUACAUUUCUUCAUGUAUAUAAGAAUUAAGGAAGAAGCAAGCGGCAGCUCUGUAUCCUAUGUUGACCCACACUGGCACGCUGCUUCUUGACUGAGGUGGACAUUAAGUAGGCCUACCAGCCCAGUUAUUUUCAGAGAUUGAAGUGGGAAAUGACUGUGAUUGGCUGGCAACCAGUUCAGGGUGUACCCCGUCUCCUGCCCGUAG